AUGAUGCAGAAAACCACCACCCUCUCCGCUCGUGAGAACGAGAUCCUUGCCCUCGCGUGGCAGUGCUUCGAAGCUGAUCCGAAGGUGAGCUCUCCAAUCCAUACUCGGUGCUCCGUCUAGUGCUGAUCGACAUUAGGUCAACAUGGAAAAGCUCGCUGGUCUCUCUGGUGGUAAGUGCACUCCACAGCUAUCGAAUCCCGGCUUUUACUAUCACACCGCGCCUUAGAGGACUUGCGCAUUCCUUCCCCUCCCUCACACUAACUUUCUUCUCCGACACUCAGGUUUGUAAGCUAUGCUAACACGUCGCAGUGCGUACCUCGCAUCCUCAUCUACCACACACACACACUCUCUCGAGCCCCGUUACAGCACACCAAUUCCUUUCUCGAUGAUCCCUCCCACCUCCCUCUUCCUCAAACAUCCAACUAACGGCCCCAGUACACCGUCGGCAGCGCGCGCUUCACCCUAGGCAAAAUCAAAACGAAGCUCAAGACCAUGUCCGCCGGCGCCAGCGAGGUCAACGCUCCGUCUUCCUCGAAGAGCAAGGGACAAAUCAUCAAGAAGCGCACUGCGGAUGCCAACGAGGGUGACGAUGAGACUGGCGCACCGAAAACUAAGAAGAGAGCCAAGAAGAUUGGCAACGCUGCUGACAUCAAUCGAGACGAUGUCGAUGCCAUGCUGUGCUUGGGAGAUGGUGAUGAGAAAGAAGUGAAGGUUAAGAGAGAGCCGGAGGAGAUGAGAUUUGGUGCGGGUGGAGAUGGGGGUGACAAGGAGGAGCAGCAAGUUUAG